AUGUCUGAUCAUCCAAAUAAAUACAGUGAACUGCGAAACACCUAUAAGUACUACAUAGAUUCAUAUACUGCACUAUAUCAGUUAAAAACGGACAAAGAAGAAGACUUAAACGAGAUUUACAAAAUGAUCAAAACAGAAUUGAUUGAUUCAAAUAAAAAGCGCCCAGACAAUAUUAUGAGAGACAUUUUAUCCAUUAUUCCGACUAACAAUCGCUAUACAAAAUCAUAUUUAUCUCUUGCGAAACUCAUAUAUGAUGAUUAUCAUAUCAAAGAGGUAACCCAUAUUUCCAUUACUUCAAACUUCCUGUUUUAUAAAGAAUAUGGAAUCAAAUUAAACAAAUAUGAAAAUUUCGAAAAAAUUAAUACUGAAAAUUUGGAUAUUCAUAAAGAAGAUACGAUAUACAGAGCAAUUAUGUAUAAUGACCUAAAAACAUUCAUUCAAUUCACCGAAAGAGAUGGAUUUAAUAAAAAUCAAGAGCUCAAAAUCAGUCUAUAUCCAAAUUCUUACGAGAGAUAUUCAUUACUUGAAUUAUGUUGUUAUCAUGGAGCAGUUGAUUGUUUCAAGUUAUUAAGAACAAAAUUUAACUCAGAAAUAACUCAAAUGUGUCUCAAAUUAUCAUUCCUAGGAAGAAAUCAAGAGAUCAUGAGUGAAUGUUUGAAAUAUCAAAAACCAGGUUAUGUAUGCAUGGAAUAUGCAAUUAUUUCACAUAAUAUUGAUUUUGUUACAUUCUUGAUGAAUGAAUACAAUAUGGAGAUCAAUUUAAUAUAUUGUGGAUGGUAUAAAAAUCUUGAAUCCUUUUUAGUUUAUUUCGAUCUAACAAAUGAUGUUAACCAAUGCUUUGUUUUUUCAGCAUGUUUCAAUAUUCCAUCCCUUUGGGAAUAUUUCCUUUCCCUUGGUGUAAAUAUCAAUGGAAAAGAUAAAUUUGGAAAUACCGCACUUCAUCUUGCAGCAAUUUAUAAUAGCAAAGAAAUUGCUGAACUUCUUAUUUCACAUGGUGCAAAUAUCAAUGAAAAAGAUAAAUAUGGACAAACCGCUCUUCACCUUGCAGCACAAAAUAAUAGUAAAGAAACAGCUGAAUUGCUUAUUUUGUAUGGUAUAAAUAUCAAUGAAAACGAUGCAUAUGGAGAAACCGCUUUUCAUAAAGCAGUAAGUUUUAAUAGUAAAGAAACAGCUGAAGUUCUGAUAUCAAAUGGUAUAAAUAUCAAUGAAAAAACCAAAAAAGGAAAAACUGCUCUUCAUUAUGCUGCACAAAAUAAUUAUAAAGAAACGGCCGAACUACUAAUUUUACAUGGUGCAAAUAUCAAUGUAAAAGACAAAAAUGGAGAAACACCUCUUCAUAUGGCAGCAUGCAAUAAUAGUAAAGAAACAGCUGAAGUUCUGAUAUCACAUGGUGCAAAUAUCAAUGAAAAAAACAAAAAUGGAGAAACACCUCUUCAUUAUGCAAGAGAUCAUGAUUAUAAAGAAACAGCCGAACUUCUGAUUUCACAUGGUGCAACAAUAUGA